CCUCACUCAAACCUAGAGGGGCUGUGCUUUUUUCCUUAGGAAAACCAGAUUUUUUUCCCCUUUCUUUUAUCCCUCCAAACCUUUGGAUUUGGGAAUGCAGCCUCCCAGUUGCUGCUACUCGUCAUGGAAAGGACAAUGUGAUUCUGGGAGCCUGCAGCUGCAGAAUCAGUGUUGUUUGGGGAAGCUUCCAGGGGUUUGGUCUCAUCUUUGCUGUCUCUAAUGCACCCUUGACCUUAUUAAUCAAUAUCCAUGUUCCUUCAGAAACCACUGUCCUGGCUUUCAUAGGAGAACAUCCAGUUUUGUUUUAAGGGGAAAGUUCUGGGUUUAUUUUUAAUUGGAUAAAUGUGAUUUAUUCUAAAAGUUUCCUAUUUCCUCACAUUAUCAGUGUUCUUAUUUCUGCUCUCUAAUAACCUGCAUGUUCCAAUCCUGCCUUUUGGGAUGGAGAAUUGGGAAUUACAGGACUUGGUUUGCACCACUUAAUGAGCAGUGGCUUCUCCCAUUCUGAAACCCUGGUGUUAUAAACAUUACCUGCUAAUAACAGGGAAUUUUUUUCAGUGUGAAUGCCCAAAUUAUUGAACAGAGGUGAUAGUGGGGUCUCAGACCUUUGAGCAGGAGGCCUGAGAUAGUCAGUUUAUCUCCAAUUAUGUGUGGAACCCACGUGUUCCUCACCCCCGUUUUUAAUGUCUUUGGCUACUUCAGUGUUACCUAAAGUUUGUGAUAGAAGGAAGUCAAAAUCAAAGCAAAUUUUAUUGCUGUAGGUCUGAAGUACUACAGAAGUUCUUCUGUCCCAAAUAAUUUAUUCAGCUGGGUUGUUCUCUCUUUCAAAUCUGACUGAACCGAUAUUUUGUUUUGGGUUUUUUUUUAAGAGGCCAUUUGAGCACCUUGGAAGAAGGCACUGCAUCUGCAUUCCCCAGUAUAAAGGGAUUUACAUCUCUGAUUGGCAAAUCAUUCUCUCUUGCUCCUCUCCCUUCUCUUCCCCAUCCCCUGCUUCCCCUCCCCAGAGCUGUUACCUGUUGGUUCAGACUCCAGCCAGGAAUCUGCCAGAGCAGGUUGUUGCUCCUGCCUGGGUUCUUGGUUUGCUGCAGCCCUCAGGCAGAGAUGGACAAUCUGCCCAGUUCCUGUGUAUAACAUGGAGAAAAAGGAAAGAAAAACAAUAAAAGACUUGGAAAUAUUUUUCACAUCUUACUAUGCUUUAGUUAGGAGAGGUGUCAGGAAAGCCCCCUCUUCCCAGUUACCUUUUCACUUGCAUUUCACUGGUACCAGAGCAGGGCCAGAUUUUUCCAGUGCCUCAUGAAGGAAGUGCCACUGCACCUGCCAGCUCCCACUUUGGAAAUAAUGAAAGAGCCUAAACGUGGGCUGAAGGGUUUUUUUUUAAUUCCAGAAUGUUCUGUAAGCCCAAUGUCAGCACAGCACCUGCUGUCCCUGCCCACACCUCGUGUUGUGAAUCUUGAGAGAUCUUUGAGAGAACAAAAAAAGGGGAAUCAUAAAGAAGGCAGCUGCUUUCAAUGACCAGCUGAGCAUGAACCAGUCAGGAGAACCUUCUCAUGCAGUCUGAAAAUCCAGUGGCUUUAUGUCAAAACAUCUCUUUCCCAGAAAUUAUUUUAGGGAAGAUCCAUUCUCUUAUGUCAAAUGAACUGUAGCAGUCCCUGGCUGCAAACCAGUACAAAAUACACUGUGUGCACUCCCUCAGCUCAGGGCUGGAGGAAUAAGAUGCUUUGCAGUGGCCUGAGCUGAAUCCUCCUUUUGAGUUUCUGCUUUCCCACUCUGGGCACACUCCCUGUGCCCAGGGGAGCUGCUGUUCCCAUGUCUCCCUGCAUUAUCCACAGGAGACCACACCAGGAAGGACUGCAGACACACAUGAGUCAGUUUGGGAAUGGGAAGCUCCAAAGGAGUACAAGAAGAUUUGUGUUCUGACUUGAUGGCUUUGUUUCUAGACCCUGCCAAGUUUAUUUAGAGCUGUCUUUAUGUAUUAUUUUAUUGUGUUCCAGCUGUACCCCCAGAAAUACUUAUUUUAAUCAGUUCACUACUAUUUCAGCAAGCUGUUCACUGAGCAGCUAUUUGAGGAAUUCUCUCCAAGCCCCUGAUGGAUAUCUGGAAGAGCCUGACAUUUUCCACAUUAGCUCUGUUCCAUGGCAUGCAGAACCUCUGCCAUCCCCUCAGUUCCACACAAGCUCAGUCCUACUCAAUGACACUGAAUUCUGCCUUGGCAUUGUAGUGACCUCUUAUUUUCUGCUUCUUGUGCUGUCCUUUUGUUUGAAGGAGCACAAGUUGUGUGCCCAGAAUGUCCCAGUAUCUUUCCAGAUAGAAGAUUGCCUGUCUUGCAGUUCAGACUGUAAGAGUUCAAACUCUGCCUGCAUGAGAAAGAAGAAGGGAAGGGAAAAUAUUUCCCUGAUGUUUGUUUUUGACUUCAUGUGUGACACAGAAGAUUUCAGGAAGGGGUUGUAAUUAACUUUGCUCUUACACCAAGCUAUGAUAAAAGCUAAGGGAUAUACAGAGGGAAAAUCGGUGGCCUUUUCACAGAAGUCCCAGUUGCUCUUUGGCCCUGGAGUAAGCUGUCACAUAAACUAUUCCCUUGAAGGAAUGGCUUAGCAAGGGGAUUAGGGCUAUGCCUUGGUAUCAGAAUCCAACUCCAGCAUGAGAUUUCAGUGUGUUAAGCAAAUAACUGGCUCAGGGAGAAAACCUGGAGCCUCCAAAAGACAGACUGGCUUAUAUCCAUCUGGGAUAAUACACAGUAGCUGAUCUCUGGCUUGUAGAUACUCUGGUACUGGCUGUUCUAGAGAAAUCUGAACCCUUUUAUACAAUCAGAAGAAUGUAGAGAAAUAUCCCAGCCCUGAGGAAAUUCCAAACAAGAGGGUGAAUUUAGGGCAAAACACGGGAACAGCAUCCCUGAACCCAAGCUUGUUACGUGACAGCUGACAGGAUGCAAUGCCAAGUGUCCUGCUGGGAUGUUCACAUUACUAUUAAAUGCUUUAACUUGGGUACUGAUGUGAACUUUCCAAAGCCUAAAUGAAGGGAUGAAAAAAUCUGCUGAAGAUACAGAGGUAUCUUGGUGGUUUAUUGGUGGUCUAAGGCAGGGUUAAGAAAAAUAAUUUCAAAACAGUUUUUCAAGCCUUUGCUCAUUUUCUUCAUGGUGAAAUGAUCUCUUUCCUUUUAUCCUGUGGCUCUAGGAAGACAGUCCAGAAAGGAAAGCUGAUGGAUUUCACAAGCACUGUCAUCAUCCCGCUGCUUUUUGGCAGCUUGGGGAUCUUCGCGCUGUUCCGGCUGCUGCAGUGGGUGCGGAUGCGAGCUUACCUGCAGGAAGCAGUGGUGGUGAUCACAGGGGCCUCCUCUGGCCUGGGGAAAGAAUGUGCCAAAGCUUUCCAUGCAGCUGGAUCCAAGCUGGUGCUCUGUGGCAGAGACAGUGAGAAGCUCAAAGAGCUGGUGCAGGAGCUUUGUGCUGUGAAGAAUCACCGCAAAAAUACACACGAGCCUCACACUGUGGUGUUUGACCUCUCGGACACCAAAACUGUGGUAAAUGCUGCUGAGGAGAUCCUGAAGGCCUUGGGUCACGUGGACAUCCUGAUCAACAAUGCUGGCAUCAGCUUCCGAGGCACAAUCGUGGACACAGGACUGGAUGUGGAUAAGAAAGUGAUGGAAACAAAUUACUUUGGACCUAUAGCCCUCACCAAAGCACUUCUCCCCUCCAUGAUCAAGAGGAGACAAGGCCACAUUGUGGCCAUCAGCAGCGUGCAAGGCAAAAUAAGCAUUCCUUUCAGAUCAGCAUAUGCUGCCUCUAAGCAUGCUACCCAGGCCUUCUUUGACUGUCUGCGAGCAGAGGUGGAGCAGUAUGACAUUGAAGUGACAGUUGUGAGCCCUGGAUACAUCCAGACAAACCUGUCCCUCAACGCUGUCACAGCAGAUGGAUCUCGCUAUGGAGUUAUGGACAAGACCACGGCCGAGGGACAGACGGCGGCCGAGGUGGCUCGGGUGGUUCUCAAUGCAGUGGGACAGAAGAAGAAGGAAGUGCUUGUGGCUGGCCUGACGCCCUGCCUGGCUGUCUACCUGAGGAACCUCUGCCCCAGGCUCUUCUUCACCUUAAUGGCAUCUAGAGCAAAAAAGGAGAAAAAAGCAAAGGGCUCUUAGAGCUCAGCUGCCUUGAGCAGGGAGAGGCUGAGCCCCUGCAGUCGGCUGGGACAUCACUGGAGGUGCUCCUGCAGGAAAAUCCUUUCUCAAAAUGCUGUUUACUAUUGCAUGGAGACUGGGAAGUGGUUUUCCCCACUCUGCUGGAGUAUAGCACCUAAACCUCAGCUGGAGAAGGAGGGGUGCUCGGACAGUGGGGGAGAGCUGAGGCUGCAGGGGAGGGGUCAGGGGAACACUGCAGCUGGGGAGGCCCUGGCUGGGAGACUCCUCACCUCACUCCAGGCAUGCUCAGCUUUACUGGCCUGCUACAAAUAAAACCCACCUGUUCUGCCUUCACACGAGCAGACCUUGGCUGUCCCCACCCCUGUGAAAUACAGUCCUCAGCUGGGAGCUCUCGUGAUCAGUGUCUCAUUCCCACUCCUUCCAAUCUGAUCCAGGACAUGCUGCAUGCAGUGGGAAACUUCAGAGCCUCUUCCUUUACCAAGUCCUGUGCCAAAUCAUCUGAUAAAUUAAGCUCAGUCCAGUGCCACUUUUAAAGAAGUAACUGAUGUACAAUUUGGGUGUAUUUGGCCAUCAUUUUACCUGUCUGAAUCAUGCCCUACUGAUGUACUGGGACAGUUAAUUCUGCAGUGACAGCACUCUGUGAAUCCCAGCCCAAGGAAUGCAGGAAAUCACUGAACAGGUAGAACACAGCAAGGCAUCUGCUGCCAGGACACGCUGCACAGGUGACAGCAGCACACCUGGGCCACCUGCAGCACAGAGCUGGUGUGAUCCUGUGGAUGCCAGCCACUCUCUGGCACUAGAGAAGAAUCCAUGUGUGUAGGGUGCAGAGUGUAGCAGACAGACCCUUUGUUCUCAUCUGCUUUAAAGCAAUCACAGAUACUAAUUAGUAUCACAUCCAGUGAGGAAUGAUAUCUGCCUGUUCAGGUAUCACUUCAGGGAGCCUGACAGCCUGAAGGGGUGCCAUGUUCCACUCCUCACCCCUUCUCCUCAUGUGAGGGACAGCAGCACCACUAGGAAAAAGGAAUUGGCUGCACCGAGAUAGGACAGAAAUAAUCUUAAAAUUGAAAUAAACUCUAAUUGUAGGAACCAAGGUCCAGACCCCUCCUGCCACCUCCAUGCACUUGCCAGCAUUUUCCAUGUGUCCUGCCUCACGUGUCCUGCCUGGGAGUGCACAUCUGAUGACAAAUAAAUUACAGUGCUAUGAAAUUAAUCCCUUGGUCUAUUCCAGCUCCUCACAGCACGUAACAUAAGAGGAAGGAAAAGCAGGAGGGUUUUGUUUUCUUACAUCCCUGCAAGGUGCUGUUGUACCAGCAGUAGCUGCAGAACAACAUACUUUAUCCCAGCCCUGUUUAUGGGACGUGCUGGCUUAGUGUGAAUCCACACAGAGGAUUAAUCACACAAACUCUGAUACUGGUGUGCAAGCUCAAAAGGACCUUCUCCUUCUAAAAGGCUUUUCUUAACUUCAGAUUUAUAAAUGAUCUCUGAGAACCAGGAUGUGUUUAAUGAUGACAAUGCUGCUGCUCUGUCAGGACAUCCAUGCUCUGCCACCUUCCCUGUGGCUGAGGCUGCAGCUGUGUCACAGAAAGGCCUUGAGUUCGACUGACAAGUUGAAGCUUUCAGGAGUGCAGACACCUUUUUUCCUGUUAAGAUAGGAAAGCAAGACAUUACCUUCUCUGCCUCUCCACAAGGGGAGUGUUGGUGUUAGUUGUGCUUUUCCUUAUGUUUCCCAUGCUCAGAUCCUCAGUUUCUCACUGAAUUGCAGUGCUCCUACCAGGCUUGUUCAGCUGCUCCAUGUUCUGGUGUUUCAGGUCAUGGCUACCCAGGAAGGACCGAGGGGCUGCUUUGCAUUUCUGUGUUCCCAUCCAGGGCACUGAGGGUGAAACACAUCAGGCCUGAGGGAAAAAUUAUGUGUGGGGAGUUACUGUAGUUACUGUGGGAAUUACAGCUCCAAGGCAGAGGUUGCUGAGGGUGCAUCCAUUCCCUUUGGAAGUAAAUUCCCUCUCUGUGACAGGGGAAAUGCUGCACACUCCAGAGCACAUCCACAAUGGGUAGGGUGGGCAGCAAAGUGUGGGGGCUUCUGAAGGGAGGUUCGUCCCCAGCCACUGUUAUUCCACUGAGCUACUGGCACUGGGGACAGCAGAAACAGCACCACUCCACAUGGAUGAGAAUUUUUUUGAAGUUGUUUUACCAUUUCACUGUGCACUAAAAUACCCCUCAGGACCUCUCUCAUUCUCCCAGGUCACCUUGUGCAGCUACAUCCCAGACUGACUAACAACCAGAAUGUUAAAAAGCAUUUUAGCUAUGUUAUCACUGAGAUUCCUUGGAAAACAAGCCCCUCUGCCUCUCCACCUCAGAAUGGAGUAACAGCUGGUUUUGAAUCAGACCUACCCAUUGUGACAGCUAAGCUGACUUUUCACCUUUCCUCCUGCAGUAAGAGACCCCAGGAAACUUGCUAAUUCUUAAUUCCAAUCUCUGAUGCCAGCCAUGAAUUUAGGGAACCUGUCAUAGUGAUCAUUCCAGACCAGGGGAAGCUUAACACAAAAAAGUACCAGGAACCCAGAGGUUUGGUGCAGGAAAGGAACUAACAGCUCUGAGAAUUAUUCUGCACUGAGUAAAACAAAGACCAGGAACGCCUUUGGUGUGGCCAGCACAAAGGUACUUCAUGUGUAGCAGUAAGCAGUAUUAGCUGUGGCAGAUGUGCUGCUGGCUUCAAAUCCAUCCAGCAGGGACUCUGGAGACACGUCAGGGUGGAAGGGCAGCCUGCCCAGCCUGGCCUAACCACUGAAAGAUGAAGUAGUUGCAUUUCUUUGGCUCCUCUCUGCCAAGGCAACUGUACAUUGUUGCUAUAAAUAGAUACUCUGGAUCCCAGCUUCUUUUAACCUUGGAGGGAGAGAGCUCAGCCACUGUACAAAGGGCUGCUGCCACCCAGAAAUGUCUCAGUGCCACUGGAGCUCCUCCAGCCCACUCAUGUACAGCUGCCUGUGCUGGUGCUAAGGACUGAGAACACCCAGCAAACCCAGUUUGCCCAGCACACCACAGUGGGCUGCAUGUCCUGCUCACAGAAAAACUGUCCCAGCAGAGAAGCACAAGUCAGAACCAUGGUCAGAACAGCCAUGGAGGCGAGGACAGGGAGAGUCCUUGGUGCUUGCUGUGGCAAUUUGGAGAGAUAAAGACAGAAAAGCAGAAUUUGGGGUCUGACCCCUGUCAAGGUCAGUGUUUCAGCUGUGAAGGGCAGGCUGCAGCUCCCACUGGAGCAGGGAGCACACAGUGCACAGGCAGCUCUCACUGCAGGCCUUUGCUCUCCUAUUCCAAAUGUAACACCUGGAGCAGUGCCAAGCUGGCCCUGCCAAUGCCAGCCACACCUAUUCUCCAUGUGGUGGGAGGAGAUUACAGACAGCAAGCUCCUAUCUUUUAAAAAUAACUGGCAGAUCUCACAGAGGAGUAAAUGCUUCCCAUUCUAAGAACAAGAUUUUGAGCUUAGAGCUAAAAAAUGAAUUAAUGAACAGUACUGAAUUCUAAAAUUUCAGGUAACACAGUUACAAGAUGCAGUCACGUGGAUGCCUUGCAGCAGGAGCAGGCAGCUCCUGUGUUCUAGGCAAAAGCAGUGGAAUUGUGUGGUCAGGGCACAGCACAAAGGUAAGGCAAGUAGGUUCCCACCUUGGCAGCCCCCAGCCCUGCUUGUGGCUCAAGGCAUUUCAGAGAUGUAUCCACCUUAGGAAGAACUCCUACAAGAACUAAGCAGAAUGUGUUUGUAGCUGGACACUUAAAGUGGUAUCACUAUGAUAACAGUGACAAGAGAGCAAGAGCAUUUGAAAUUCUCAUCCUUUAAUGGUCAAUGAUAACUUCUGGCUGGUUCUGUGUAAUACAAUUAAACAAUAUACUUAAAUGUUUCCCAAAAAAAAAAAAAAAAAAAAA